AUGGAUAAUUCAAAACCCAAAGUGAUAAUUGCAGGAGGAGGUGUAGCCGGCCUUUCCCUCGCCAACAUGCUGGAAAGGGCUGGCAUAGACUAUGUUUUACUGGAAUCAUACGACAGGAUUGCACCACAGGUAGGAGCCAGUAUCGGUCUUCAAUCAAAUGGACUUCGAAUCCUUGAUCAGCUGGGAUGCGCGGAUGAGCUCUUGUCACUCGUUGACCACCCACUGAACAAUUCAUAUAUACGAAAUCCCGAUGGAACCAUUAUCAAACAUCACAAGAACGUCCAUUAUGUGUUGGAAGAAAGAUAUGGUUAUCCAACCGUCUUCAUUGACAGACAAUCCCUUUUGGAGAUCUUGUACAACAAUCUGCGGUCCAAAGAUUCGAUACACCCUGGUCAAGCUGUCAAGUCUGUCUCGGAACUGGACAACGGUAUCGAAGUUACAACGGACAAGGGUAAGGUCUUCAAGGGAGACAUCCUUGUCGGAGCGGACGGUAUUUACAGUACUGUUCGAAAAGAAAUGUGGCGCAUAGGCAACGAGGCUUCGCCUGGCUACUUUCCUCAUGACGAAUGGUCAAAGGUACCAUGUUACUAUAAGUGCAUCUUCGGUAUCUCAAAUCCUAUCGAAGAACUCACAAAAGGAACUCACUAUGUCUACAACGACAAAUUCUCCUAUCUGGUGAUGAGUGGACCUGGUGGAAAGUGGUACUGGUUCCUAUUCGCCAAAUUGCCUGCUCCUCUAUAUGGUAAAGAUAUUCCGAAGUACACGAAAGAGGACGAGGCAAAGCUUGCUCAGGAGCAUGCAUGUGAUAACAUCACUCCCGAAAUUACCUUUGGUGAUCUAUACAAGGCCAGGACCAACUCAACACUAACGCCACUCCAUGAAUGGGUUUUCCAAACGUGGCACUAUAAUCGGAUCAUCACCAUUGGCGAUGCAGCUCACAAGAUGGAGCCAUUGACUGGCCACGGAGGAAACAGUGCCAUUGAGACCGCCGCAUCUCUUCUGAACCAUCUUGCUUCAGAAUGUCCAAACUGGAGCGACUCCGAAAUCAAAGCUGCGUUCAGUGCAGUGCAAAAUGAGCGCUUUGAUAGAGUGCAGUGGCUUGUUGACGAUGCUCACAAGAAUCAACAAAUGCAUGCUAUGGCGACACCGCUCCUUGCAUUCAUUGCCCCAAAACUGGCCGGUCUAAUCAACACUGAUACUGCGAUGCGUCUUGCCGGCCGCAAGUUUGUCGAUGGUACUCACGUACAUAGUUUUCCCAUACCUGAGAGGGCACACUCAGUACCAUUCACCGAUCAGCUGCCUGCUAAACCUUUUUCUUCUACAUACCUCUUGGGUCUAGGUGUACUGAGUCAAGGUGCGCUCUUCCGACUGGCGAACCAGGUGCUACUUCCGCUACAAAUCCCCACUACCUUCGCUGGUGAGACCCUGGUCACUCACUACACAGGAGUAGCGACAGUAGAUAAGAUUCUGGCGGUUCUGGGAGCUGUCUUUGGGGUUCUUCUUCAACCAGAGAACCGGGAGGCAAGAUUACAGUGGAUUGCUUUUACGCCUCUGUUGGUGUCCACCACUCUUGACUGGACUCUAGAAAGUUACCGAGCCGGCUCAAAGGGCCUCGUCACGUCCUUUCCAUCUAUCUUUGGCCUCAUUUAUCAGCUCAAGGGCGUUGGGCGAAUUGCACCUUUGUACCACAUGAUAUCUGUGUGUGAACAAAUGAUAAUUGAUGGCAUCUCUACUGUCACUGGGCGCACCAUUGAUAUUGAAAAUGUCAAAGCUUCCGUUCCGGGACUAGUACUCGGGGUCGUUAUCCCUACUGCGCUUAUGAUAUGGCCGUGGAAGGACACGACCACUUGGCAGAAACUGGUUGCAUUUUGGCAACCGUUCCCAGCUUACGUUGGUUUGAUCACGGCUGGCGUGUCAACUAUCCUACGCAAUACAAAGGGUAGCUCGGCCACGCGUUGCAGUUCAAACAAAUCGAACGAGAAUGGGAUGUUUACUAAACAAAAGGACCCAACUGGUACAUUGUUGAGAUAUAUCUAUGCAUGUGGAGCGGUGACUACCGCGGGCGUUCAUCUCUGGUCGCUCUAUCAGAUAUGGUCCGACCCGAAUCUUAGUGUCUCAAGUGUCUUUGGCACUGUUGGGUACUUGAUCUCUGGGAAGAUGAGCUCUGACCAAAAGACCAAAAUUGCCGAGUUCUUACAGCGCGACAUGUUCCUGAAUGGCGCGUCUGUCCUCGUGCAUUGCCUCUAUCGUACGCUGGGUCUCAGACGUGCUGGGUAUAUUACGAACAAGGAAACAGUGACUGCUUCUCUGGCAGUGUUGAUUGCACAGCCAAUUGUUGGGCCAGCUGCAGCUCAUAUUGGCUUUCUUGGAUGGAGAGAAGAGAUGUUUUACCGAGUUAACAAAAGGAUUGAACUUUGA